ACUCCCGCAGAGAGCGGCCCGCCUCCGCCUCCGCCUCCCGCGGCGCGGCCAGGAGCUGGCGCUGCCCUCGGGGCGGGUCCCGGGGAAGGGGCGGCGGCGGCGGCGGCGGCCCAGCGCUACAGGCUCCAUUUUGCGGGCGCGGAAGGCGGCGAGUUGACGGCUCGGAAUGUCAUACCCAGGCUAUCCCCCUUCAGGCUAUCCUGCUUUCCCUGGAUAUCCCCCUACAGGACAAGAGUCUGUUUAUCCACCUGCUGGUCAAUAUCCCUAUCCUGCUGUUCCUGGAGGCUUCCCUCCUGUGGGAGGUGGUGCAUAUUCUGCAGCGCCACCGAGUGGUGGGUUCCCAGGAGCUGCAGGAUACCCUGUGUCUGGAGGCUACCCUGGAGCUCCCCAACCUGGGGGGGGCUACCCUGGAGCUCCCCAACCUGGGGGGAUGCCAUCUUAUCCCGGAGCUCCUACAGGUCCUGGGUUUGGUGUCCCCCCUAAUGGAUCUGGCUUUGGUGGUUAUCCUCAACCUCCAUCUCAAAGCUAUGUGGGAGGUGGACCAGCACAAAUACCAGUGGGAUACCCUGGUGGACAAGUACCUUCCCCAAUGCCUAGUCAGCCUGCAGCAAUGACUCAAAGUACUCAGGGCACAAUUCGAGCUGCACCCAACUUUGAUGCCGGGAGGGAUGCAGAAAUACUGCGCAAGGCUAUGAAGGGAUUUGGAACGGAUGAGCAGGCUAUCAUUAAUGUUGUGUCCAAUUGCUCCAACGAUCAAAGGCAAAAAAUCAAGGCAGCUUUCAAGACUAUGUAUGGCAAGGAUUUAAUUAAAGAUCUGAAGUCUGAACUAAGUGGAAACAUGGAAGAACUGAUACUAGCCUUGUUCAUGCCACCUACCUAUUAUGAUGCCUGGAGUUUACGUCAUGCAAUGAAGGGAGCCGGCACUCAGGAGAGAGUGUUGAUUGAGAUUCUUUGUACAAGGACGAACCAGGAAAUUCGAGACAUAGUCAGGACUUACAAAACAGAAUUUGGAAGAGACAUUGAACAGGAUAUCAGAGCAGAUACCUCAGGACACUUUGAACGAUUACUUGUAUCUAUGUGCCAGGGCAAUCGGGAUGAGAAUCAAUCAGUGAACUAUCAAAAAGCUCAGGAAGAUGCUCAGCGCCUCUACCAAGCUGGUGAAGGGAAACUUGGAACUGAUGAGUCUUGCUUUAACAUGAUUCUGGCAACUAGAAGUUUCCCCCAGCUAAAAGCUACAGUUGAAACAUAUUCGAAGAUUGCCAAUCGUGAUCUGUUAAGCAGCAUUGGCCGGGAGUUUUCUGGAAAUGUAGAAGAUGGCUUGAAGACUAUCGUGCAAUGUGCUCUAAAUCGCCCGGCCUUUUUUGCUGAGAGACUCCACCAUUCCAUGAAAGGAGCUGGCACAGAUGAUUCUACACUUGUCAGAAUUGUAGUCACUCGCAGUGAGAUUGAUCUUGUACAGAUCAAACAGCUGUUCAUGCAGAUGUACCAGAAGACUUUGGCUACAAUGAUAUCAAGUGACACAAGUGGUGACUACAGGAAGUUGCUGGUGGCAAUUGUUGGUCAAUAGAAAAGAUUUACAUUUUAACAAAGAACGAUUUUCAAUAUUGCAUAACCCAAUAUGCCUUCCUAAUUAUGAAUGAUUUAAGAGUUUGUAUUUUGCCUUGAUUUAGAGCACAUUUAUACUUUACUAUAUAAAAAUAAGAUGUAUCUACUGUCAUUUAGACCCACAGAAAAUACCACUGAGAUGCCACAUUAAAUUACUUCCUUCAAACAGC